UAAAAUUUUUAUAACGAAAUGAGUGAAGAGAUAGAACCUCAUAUAGCAAGAAAAUUCGAGAUUAUAUAGAAAUUAGGAAAAGGUGCUUAUGGUAUAGUAUGGAAAGCUGUAGAUAAAAAAUUGAAAUAAGUAAAAGAAUAUAGUUAUUAUUAAAGGUCGUUGCACUAAAAAAGGUUUUUGAUGCUUUUCAUAAUGCAACAGAUGCUUAAAGAACAUUUAGAGAAGUGAUGUUUUUAUAGGAAUUAAAUGGCCAUGAAAAUAUAGUGAGAUUACUUAACAUAAUAAAAGCAGAGAAUAAUAAGGAUCUUUAUCUGGUAUUUGAUUAUAUGGAAACUGAUCUUCAUGCAGUGAUAGUAUUAAUUUUAUUAAUAAAUAAAAGAGAGCAAAUAUUUUAGAAGAGAUUCAUAAAAAAUACAUAGUAUAUUAAACUUUAAAAGCAUUGAAAUUCAUUCAUUCAGGAGAAUUAAUUCACAGAGAUUUGAAACCAUCAAAUAUUUUAUUAGAUUCUGAAUGUUUAAUAAAAGUAGCAGAUUUUGGAUUAGCAAGAAGUUUAGCUUAAACAGAAGAUGAUAGUAUAAUUACAUUUAAUAUUAUUUUAGGUUAGAUAGUUUUAACUGAAUAUGUUGCAACUAGAUGGUAUAGAGCUCCUGAAAUUUUAUUAGGAUCUACAAAAUACUCUAAAGCUGUAGAUAUGUGGUCAGUUGGUUGUAUAAUAGGUGAGUUAAUUGUUGGUAAAGCAAUCUUUCCAGGAACCUCUACCUUAAAUUAAAUAGAAAGAAUUAUAGAAUUGCUAGGAAAACCAAGAGGAGAUGAAAUUGAAUCUCUUGAUAGUCCUUUAGCUGCAAAUAUUUUAGCUUCAAUAAAUACAUCAAAGAAAAAAGCAUUUGCAUCAUUUUUCCAAGGAGCUUCAGAAGAAGCUUUAGAUUUAAUUAGAAGAUUAUUAUGUUACAAUCCAAAUUAAAGAUUAACAGCAGAAUAAGCUUUAAAACAUAAAUAUGUAAAAGACUUUACAUCACCUGAUGAAGAGAUAGUUUGUUAGCAUCCAAUAAGAAUAACAAUGAAUGAUAAUAAAAAGUUUACUAUAAAAGAAUAUAGAGAAGCAUUAUAUGCAGAUAUUAGUUUAAGAAAAAAGGAAUAAAGAAAGAAAUGGCAAGCAAAAUAUUUAGCUUAAUUGGGAGUAUCAUUAGAUGAAAAAUAAAAUUAACAACAAUAAUAAGGAUAAGAAAAAGAGGAAAGUAUUUAAGAAUAGAAACUUUCUCAACCAGAUUUAAUUUAAUAACAAAUUUAUUAAUAAUAACUAUUAUUAUAAUAAUAAAGGAAAGCUUAGAGACCUUAAUCUGGUUAGAUGGGUGGUAGAUAGUCAUCAGUUGAGAUGCCAAAAUAAUCAUAAGCAUAAUAUUAAUAAUAAGUAAAUGCUACACAAUAGCCAACUCAUCAUAAAAGCAGUUCAAUGAUUUAAUCUAUGUAAACUAAAUAAGGAUAUUAUUAUCCAUUCAUAUAAUAAUAGAUGGCUGCAUAACCAAAUAAAGUUAAUAAGUCUGCUGUUUAAACAUAAUAAUAAUAGCCUUAGUAAAGGCCAUCUACAAGUUAUUACUAAAAACCUUUAACUUAAGUCACAACUUCAGUUAAGAAAUGA